GGUCGAGCGCCGAUACUAUCCCUCUUCCCCGCCCUCUCGCCGUCGCAUUCUGCCUAACAACCACGCACUCGCCUUGAACCUCGAACUCGUUCCACGCAGGAUCAGAAUUAGGACUGUGGGAGGAAAUCACAGCACGCGAAGAUGUCGGGAUUAAGGAUCUUGGUCCCUAUCAAGCGGGUCAUUGACUAUGCGGUAAAACCGCGCGUAAACCGCGCCCAAACAGCCGUAGAAACCGCCUCCGUAAAACACUCCAUGAACCCCUUCGACGAGCUCUCCAUCGAAGAAGCCGUCCGGCUACGCGAGCGAAAAACCACCCCCGUCGACGAGAUCCUCGCCUUCUCCGCCGGCCCCCCAAAAGCGCAGGACAUCCUCCGCACCGCAAUGGCCAUGGGCGCCGACCGCGCCAUCCACGUCGUGGUCGAAGAAACCGCCGCGCUGGAACCCCUCGGCGUAGCGAAAUUGCUCAAGAAAGUUGUCGAGGAACAGAAUGCGAAUCUUGUGAUCUUGGGGAAACAGGCGAUUGAUGAUGAUGCGGGGCAGACGGGCCAGAUGCUCGCGGGGCUGCUGGACUGGGCGCAGGCGACGCAGGCGUCGAGGGUUAGUGUCAAUGAUGGGGCGGUGGAGGUGGUGCAGGAGGUGGAUGGUGGGGUGCAGACUGUGAGGGCGAAACUGCCCAUGGUGGUUACGACGGAUUUGAGACUCAAUGAGCCAAGGUAUGCGAGUUUGCCGAAUAUCAUGAAGGCCAAGAAGAAGAAGCUGGAGAAGAAGACGUUGGCGGAUUAUGGGCUGGAUACGGAGCUGAGGCUUAAAACGGUCAAGGUUACGGAGCCGCCGGCGAGGAAGGGCGGUGUCAAGGUUGAGGAUGUGGAUGGCAUGAUUGGGAAGCUGAAGGAGUUGGGUGCGUUGUAGAUGAGUAUGCGAUGCGUGGGUAGGAAUAAAAUAAUCGCCACCGCUCAAAACGAGGAGUGUCACUGAAUCGCUUGAUUCCCACGACGGUCUAGGUACCAAGCUUAUUUACCCUGCAACCUCUUCAUCCUCUCCUCCGCCGCUCGCGCCCUCCUCUCCCUCUCAAUCCUCGCCCUCGCCUCGGGCGUCAACCCCCUAGCCUCCUCCUCCCUCAGCUCCGCCCCCGUCUUAACAGGCAGCGCCCCCAGUGC